AUGUCAAAGCAAAAUAGCUAUGAAAGAUAAGAUAGCAAUCUAUCAAAAGGGUCAUUAGCUCGUUAGAACACGACUAAAAAUCUUAACGGAUAGAAAUCGUUUUUUUCAAAAUUUUCCAAUACUAUGUUUAAACCCCAGGAAGAUGGUAUAUAAAUGUGAAUUUUUAGAAAUACAAUUUUUAACCAAAGGAUAGGAUCACUGUAUGAGAAUUUUAAUGUAUCUGCUUCUAAAUUUUGAUGGAAUGGAAUAAUAUUUGAAAAAAUAAUCAGUUUUAACUCCACUUAAUUCAUACUCACCAAUCACAAAAUAGGUUGGGGAUAUACGUUAAAUAAGAACGUAAGAUAUAUUAAUAUUCUAGUGAACUAAUAUACUAUUUCCAAAUAAUCUCAAUUAGAGAUUUUCAUGACUUUUAUGUUGAUUUUUACGCUACUUUUGAUAAAAAUAAAAAUUUCUCAUUAGAACCUGCAGAAUUUAAGUAAUUAUUGGAUAUAGCUGUAAAUAAAUGUGUGGGAGCAAAAAAAUUUAAGGUCAUAACUGAUCUUUUCUUAAGCGAUCCUUCUUUAUAUGAUAAUCAGUUAGAUGACAAGGUUUACAAUGAAAUGAUAGACAACUUUAGAGAUUUGGAUAAGGAAUCAAAAAUCGAUUACUUAUUACUAUUUCCCUACAUCUUAGGGUUUUUUUUGGAAUUUACCUAUUCGCAAAUAAAAUAUAGAUAAGGGAGAUUAGAUUUAAUGAGAGGCACUGAAAUUAUAAAAGGGAAAGAAGUUGAAAUUAGAAAUAUCACUAGUUUAGUUACAAUUCUUAAGGAAAUGGGCAUAGAUUAUAUCAGAGAUAAGAGAACAACAUGUCUUACAUACAGAGAUGUUGAAAAUGUUUUAAUUAAAUUAAAAAACAUAUAAAAAUGGAUAACAUUUGACAUAAUCAAGUAAAUAAUAAAUCAGCUUGCUAAAUUGAUGGAAGUUGAUCCCAAAACUUAAAAUGAAGGCAAACCUUUGAAGCUUUAUAAAAUUGUAAACUUUUUAGCUCUAAAAUUAUGCAUUCAUUAGAAUUGCUUAAAUAUUAGCAAGCAAGACAAGGAUAAAUCUAAACCCCCUUCAGCAUACUUAGAAAUCUUAGUUUUAUGGAAUACUGCAAUGUUUGGGUAGAUUAUGAGAGAACCUACAAUCAAAUAAUAAUUUUCUAAGUUUCUUAAUAAACAUUAUAAAGAUUAGACUUAAUUAUUAAGGCCUGAAGCAAUAAAAAUAUUAGAAGCAUUCUUUAAGAAAAAGUUUUAAUUGAUGCCAAAAGAUUUAAUAAAGGUGAUUUUAGAACAGCAUCCUGAGGUGCAGGGAAAGAAAAUAAUUCAAACUCCUAUUACUACGGAAAGUUUAGUAAAUGAAUUAUUUAAUAUGAUGUGCAAAGAUGGUUAUAGAAAAUUAAAAGAGUACAUUCGAAUAAGUUACGAUGGAGUUAAUAAAUCUAAUGGAGAUAGAAUAAGUUAAUAUUAGAAAUAAGGGAAAGACUUUUAUGAAGAUUCCUAAAUUCAUUCUCCCCCAUCAAGUGAAAAAUAAUAAAAGUCCCCAAAAUUCGAUGAAAAAUCAAAAAAAUCUUAAAUCUCAAGUUAAUAAAAUUAACACAAUCUAAGAAACCACUCCGAAUCAGAAGAAAGUGAUCAUGAGAGAGAACUAACAGCUAAAGGUAAACUUAAACGAGUUGUUAAAGUAAUCAGUUCAGAAUAAGCUUUUGCUUAAAAAGCUGAAUCUAAAAAAGAUGUUCUCAAAGCUUGUUUAAUUAUGGAUAGCUUUUUAAAGAGACAAAGUCAAAUGCAUUAGAAAAUGCAGCAAAGUAAAUAUAACUAGAAUGAUAUUACAACUUCAAAAAUUGAUGAAUAAGAAAUUUUAUUAGAGACCUGCUCCAAAAAUGAUGAAGUAUCAUCUGUGAAAACGAAAAUAGUUAAAAAUGUGUAAAUGGAAGAAUCAAAAAAGUUUACUGCAACUGAAAUAUCACCUCCUGAAUAAGAAAAAGAAUAGGGAGAAGAAAAAAAAGACAAAAAACUAUUUCAAUAACAACGACCAUAGAUUGUUAUUAAAGACAUAAGAAAGAAUUCUGAAUCCUAAUCCAAUGAUCUUUUCACUGUUGCAGGAAAAGAAGGUAAAAAUUAAGGACCUCAAAAUUUUAAAAAUGCUUAUUAUGGAAAUAUGCCAUCUGUUUAAGAGGCAUCGAAAGUAAUGUUUCAAGCUUCUUAAUCAAAAUAAUAGUUAUUCUAACUAACAGAUGAUGUAUAAAAAUUAUUCAUUUUUAGGACUUUAAGGAUGACGAAGGUAAAUUCUAAGUAGUUAUAGAUGAUGUCUAAUUAUAAACCUAAAUUUUGUAUUAAUAGAAUUUAGCCAAAACCAAAAAACCAAAAGAUAGAUCUUCGACCUGUUAUUAUUGCUCUAUAUAAUGA